AUUACCUAUACGAGUAAAAGGUGACAAGUGAUAUAUAGUGGAUGUCAUACCAAGGUGUGCUAAUAAACAGGUGUUAACUUAUUGACAUUUCUUUACCUCAACACGUAAUAAUUACACGUUAUUGGACUUAUCAAAGCGCAGUGGAUUAUUGUAACUAAAUCAGAAUUUCAGAAAGUAAAAAGCUCAAAUAAAGAUGCACUGAUUAACAGAAGAUAUAUUUUUAAAGAAAUAAUAGUCUAGAACACCAUGUCACUUAAAGAAACACAACAGUUUGAAAAGGGGCGUAUUAAAGUCCUACAGGAUGAGAGAGUCUACAUUCAGAAAAAGACGUUUACAAAAUGGGCCAAUGCCUUCCUGGAAAAGGCCCGAAUGGAGAUCAAAGAUUUAUUCACAGAUUUAAGCGAUGGUAAAAUGCUGAUGAAACUUUUAGAAAUAAUCUCGGGUGAAAAUCUUGGUAAACCAAAUAAAGGUGUACUCCGAGUCCAGAAAGUAGAAAACCUCAACAGAUGUUUGAAAUUUCUGGCUACAAAGGUAUAUUUUGAAAACAUUGGAGCUGAAGAUAUUUUGGAUGGAAAUCAACGAUUAAUCCUGGGGUUAAUAUGGACCAUUAUUUUACGUUUCCAAAUUCAAGAAAUUGUAUUAGAAGAUGAUGAGGAUAAAGGAGAGAAAAGAUCUGCCAAAGAUGCACUGCUACUAUGGUGUCAAAGAAAAACAGAAGGGUACCCUGGUGUUAAAAUUACAAACUUUACAACAAGUUGGAGAAAUGGAUUAGGAUUUAAUGCUCUAAUCCAUGCUCACAGACCAGAUGUAAUAGAUUAUGAAAAAUUAGAACCAGCAGAUCAUAUUGGUAAUCUGAAUAAUGCCUUUAAUGUAGCAGACAGUCAGUUGGGUAUACCCAGAAUCCUUGAUGCAGAAGACGUAGAUGUAAAUCGACCUGAUGAAAAAGUUAUAUUAACAUAUGUAGCUUCUUAUUAUCAUUAUUUUGCUAAAAUGAAGAGUGAAAUGACCGGAGGUAAACGAAUUGCAAAGGUUCUAGGCAAUAUGGUGGAGGUAGACAAGAUGCAACAGGAAUAUGAAAAUCUUAUGUCCAACUUAUUAGAAUGGAUACAGCAAAAAAUUAAUAGUUUAAAUAAUAGAAAUUUCCCCAAUGCCUUAGAAGGAAUUCAGAAAGAACUUCUGAUGUUUAAAGAAUAUAUGACAGUGGAAAAACCACCCAAAUAUCGAGAGAGAGGAAAUAUAGAAGCUCAGUAUUUUAAUAUUCAAGCCAGAUUAAAAGCCAAUGGACAAAAACUUUACAUUCCUAAAGAAGGUCAUUUAAUACAUGAUAUAGAAACAGCAUGGCUUCAUUUAGAAAAAUGUGAACAUGGCAGAGAAGUAGCAUUGAGAGAUGAACUAAUCAGACAAGAACGUCUAGAACAAUUAGCACGAAGAUUCGCCCGCAAGGCUGGUAUUCGUGAAGCAUGGUUAAAAGAUAUGGAACAGAUUCUAGAUGAAGAAAUUAUCUGUAGUAAUGCAGUGCAAACUGAGGCAGCUGUUAAAAAACACGAAGCUAUCAGUGCUGAAAUUCUAGCACGGAAAGAUCGUUUCCGAGCUUUAAACAAUUUAGCCAGUGAAUUAGUUCAGGGAAAUUAUCAUAAUAAAGACAGUGUCCAAAAGAAAGAUCAAGAAGUAAUGAGAAGAUGGCGGGCAUUAUUGGAUACAUUAGAAGGUCGCAAGGUCACACUAUCAGGUUUUAGUAACUUGAUGAGCCAUUUCCGUGAAAUAGAGAGUAUUGAAGAAGAAUUGAAAGAAGUUGAGGGAAAAGUCAAAUUAACAGAUUAUGGUAAACAUCUACAAGCAACAGAAGAUUAUAUAGAACAACAUUCAUUACACGAAUCACAGUUACAAGCUCUUGCUAAACGUGUUCGUAACCUAAACAGACGCUCUAAACAAUAUGGCGACGAAGGUCAUCCUGAAGCCAAACCACUGGAAAAAAGACUUAACUCACUAAAUGAUUCUGUUGAAAGGGUCAAGAAUCUAAGUAAAGUAAGAAAGAAUGGGUUAGAGGUAGCUAAAUCAUAUUACCAAUUUAUGGAUGAUUCCGAAAUGGAUGAAAGGUGGGUGACAGAAAAACUUGAAGAUGUUCGCUCUAAUAAUACAGGAAAAGAUUUGGAUUCUGCAUUGAAAUUACUGAAAAAACAUGAAAACUUAGAACUAGAAAUGGCUACUCGCUGGAAGAGAUGUGAACAGCUCUGUGCUGUUGGUCAAGAUUUAGUCAACAGUGGUCACCAGUCCCGCUCUGAGAUAGGUCAACGCAUCAAAACUAUGAUGGAUAAAUGGAAACAACUACAAGAACAGGCUAAAUUACGACGAGUUCGUCUUGAAGAUGCCAUUGAAGCACAUCAGUAUUAUGCUGAUGCUAAUGAAGCUGAAUGGUGGAUGAGAGAGAAGAUGCCUAUUGUUACUAGUGAUGAUUAUGGUAAAGAUGCUGCCAGUGCUCAGGCUCUUCUUUCCCGUCACAAUCGUCUAGAAAAGGAUAUCAAGUCUUUUAAUACUGAAAUCAAAAGAUUAGAAGAAUUAUCUGUCUUGAUGACCAAGGCUUCCACUGAGCAUAAUAUAUCACCAGCUAAAUUCAGUCUUCCUGCAGAAAACGGAGAAAAAUCUGAUGAAGAAGAGUUUGGUGAGGAGGUUAUAGAAGUUCCACAGGAAGUAGAAGUGGAAAGAGUUGUUGAACAAGAAGUACUUCAAGAUGUUGUGGAGACUAGAAAAAUACCUCAGGUCAAGGCCAUGUAUGCUUACAAAGGUCAAGAUACCAAAGUUGAUAAGGGAGAGAUAAUGAUCUUAUUACAACAAACUAAUGAAGAUUGGUGGCAAGUUCGUCAGACAGAUGGAACUGAGAGUUUUGUUCCAGCUAAUUAUGUCAAACCUGUGGAACCAAAGGUCAUUCAGAAAGUUGUCAAACGUCCUGUGAAAGUUCCAAAAAGAGUAAAGGUUAAAGAAACUGUUAUGAAGAAAGAGGUGGUUAAACAGAAAAAGUCGGCUAAAGUUCGACGGGCUCCUUCAGUACGAUCACAAGCCAACUUACAUUUUGAUAAAGAUAAUGUAGAAACUAGACAACGUGGUAUCACUGUCCUCUACAAUAAACUCAGUAAAUUAGCUAAAGCAAGAUCUGAUAGUUUAGCUGAUGCCAUUCGACUCUUCCAGUUUUAUAGAGAAUGUGAUGAAUUCGAUAUCUGGAUGACAGAAAAGGAAAAAGUUUUGACAAAAAAAGAAAGUCUUGCUGAUAAUGUGGAUGCUGUCCGUAAUGAAUUUAAGAAUUUAUUAACUAGUUUUGCUGCUAAUAAAGGACGUUUGGAUGAUAUAAAUUCAUUAGCUGGUGCCAUUGUGAAUUCAGGAAGUGGCCAGUCAAAGAAAGUUCAGGCACGACAGAAAGAAAUAAAUGACAGAUGGGCACAACUUAAUAAACUUAAACAGGAAAAGGAAAAAUCUUUGCAAGGUGCCUCUAGUAUUGAGUUGUUUAAUUCAACAUGUGAUGAAUUACAAGAAUGGAUUAAAGAAAAAGACUAUGCUAUAAGUACUGAUGAUAUUGGUAAAGAUUUAAGGUCUAUAGAAGCACAACAACGAAGACAUGCCAAUUUGGAAAGAGAACUUGCUUCUAUGGAGAGUCAGAUGAAUACAGUAUGUUCUUUAGGAGACACUGUGAAAACAACAUAUCCAGCUGAAGGAAAAUAUGUUGAUCAACGCCUCAAAGAUUUGACAGCCUUAUGGAGGGGAUUAAAGGAAAAGGAAAAGGCUAGAAAGAAGAAACUUAAUGAAGCUCAAAAUCAACUGAAAUUUGCUGAAGAAGCGAAAGACUUAUUAUCUUGGUCUGGAGCUGUACGAGCUCGUCUUGCUAGUGCUGAGAUGCCACAUGAUAUCAAGAGUGCUGAAAGAAUGCUGAAGGAGAAUGGAGAGUUAGCAGAUGAUAUUGCUGCCUAUAAAGACAAAUUUGCAAAGAUCCGUGUUUUGGGUAAUGAAGUUUUAGCAAAAGAUCCAAAUGCUCGGGAUGUGAAGGAGAAGAUGGAAAGACUUGCUGCAGAAGAAAGAUUAAUCAAUGACCUGUGGAAACAAAGACAAAAGCAAUUACAAGAUGCUUAUGAUCAACAGGUGUUUAAUAGAGAUGCUGAUAAGAUAGAUGCCAUCACUAGAGGACAUGAGGCUUUCCUAGACUUUAACGAUCUUGGAAGUACAGUUGAUGAUGUUGAAGGCUUAUUGAGAAGACAUGAAGAAUUUGAGAACAAACUUCAGGCUCAGGAUGAGAAGGUUCGAGGAUUAAAUGAUAUGGCUGAAAAACUCAUAGCAGAAAAACACCCCAAUCAACAACAUAUUAAGGAUAGAAAUAAAGAAGUAAAAAAUAGGAGAGAAGGUGUAAAAGUUAAAGCAGCUGACAGAAGGAAAGCUUUACUUGAUGCUCUUGCUUUCCAUCAAUUCAAACGAGGUUCACAAGAGUUAUCUGAUUGGAUGAAAGAUAAAUAUAAGACAGCUACAGAUGAAUCGUAUCGUGAUCUAUCGAAUCUACAGAAGAAAUUACAGAAACAUCAAGCUUUUGAAGCCGAAUUAAAGGCUAAUAGUGACAGAUUACAGUCAUUAAAUCAGUCUGGCGAUGGUAUGAUUAAAGAUAAACAUUAUGCAUCACCAGAAAUAAAGACUAUCAUGGGUAAACUCAACUCUGAAUGGGAUGAUUUAUCAUCCAAGGCUGCAGAGAAAGGAAAUAAAUUACGAGAAGCUGGUCAACAACAAGCUCUAAAUCAAGCCCUAGAAGAUGCUCAGGAUAAAUUAAAUGAAAUGGAGAAAUCUAAUGCCAAUAAAGAUUUAGGUUCUGAUUUAAGGGGUGUAAAAGAAUUAUUGAAAAAACAUCAGAAUCUGGAGAAUGAUUUGUCUGGAUUGUCAAAGACUAUACAAGGUUUGAACAAAGAGGGUAAAGAAAUGGCUGACAAAGGACAUUUUAAUUCUGCUAAUAUUAUGAAAUCUGUAGAUGGAUUUAAUAGUAGAUUUAACAAAUUAAAACCAGAAGUGGAAGAACGUAAAUCUCAGUUACAGGAAUCGUUACAAAGACAUCAGUUUAAUUUUGAUGUAGAAAAUGAGUUAUCAUGGAUAAAAGAGCACUUACCAGCUGCCUCGUCUGUUGAUUAUGGUAAAAAUCUCAUCGAUGCCCAGAAACUACACAAAAAACAUCAGGACUUGGAUCGUGAAAUUCAAGGUCAUCAACCUAACAUUGAGCGGGUUUUAGCUACUGGUGAGAAACUAUUAGAAGAUAAACAUGUGGACUCAAAGAAAAUCAAAGAUAAAUCUCAGGAACUACAACUGUCAUGGGAUGAUCUCCUUAAAAAAUCAAAACUUCGUAAAAAGAAUCUGGAUAUUUCUGUUCAACAACAAAAGUAUCUGUCCGAGGUGGCUGAAGUUGAUAGCUGGAUAUCAGAGAAAACACUGUUGGCAUCUAGUACAGAUUAUGGAAAAGAUGAGGAUGCUGCUGAUAAACUGCUUGCUAAAAAUAAGGUUUUAGAAACGGACAUCCAGACUUAUCAGGGUAUAGUAAAUGGAUUAGGAAAAGAAUCAUCCAGAUUGUUUAAAAUGGGUUGUGCUGAUCCUUCCUUUAUUAAGAAAACUCAGGAUCAAUUACAAGAAAGUUUGAACAAAUUAAAGAGAUUAGUAACUGAACGAACAAAGAAUUUAGAGAGAUCUGUACAUCUUCAUGAAUAUAUGAGAGAAGCAGAUGAUCUAGAGGAUUGGAUUGGAGAACAAAUACAAACAGCUAGUUCAGAAGAAUAUGGACAAGAUUUUGAACAUUUUGAGAUAUUACGAGGUAAAUUUGAUGAGUUUAAACUAAGAAUAGAGACUGGUGGUGAGAGAAUAAAACGAUGUGAAAGAUUAUCUAAAGCUUUAUUAGAAGAUAAAGGACCUCAUACAAUACAAGUACAACAACGUCAAGAACAACUCAAAGACUCGUGGAAUGCCUUAAUGGAACAAAUCAGAUCUCGUAAUCAGAAAUUAAAAGGAGCUGAAGAAAUUCAUAGAUUUAAUCGAGAUGUAGAAGAUGCCUUAUCACGUAUUCAGGAAAAACAUGACAGUAUACCAGAUGAUGUUGGUCGUGAUUUUAAUGCUACUUCAGCCUAUUUAAAGAAACAUGAAGCUUUUGAGAAUGAAUUAGUUGCAUUAGAAGCACAGCUUCAAGUAUUGAUAGAUGACUCAGGUAGAUUACAGGUAGCUUACCCUGGAGAAAAUGCAGAACAAAUUGAACAAUUCCAAGCCACUGUUGUUGAUCGUUGGGGUCAGUUACAAGAACGAUCUGAACAACGUAAAGGUCAACUUUUAGCUGCAGCUGACCUUCAUAAAUUUAGAGCUUCUGUUCGUGACCUUGUAGGCUGGGCCAAGGAAAUUGAAGAUGAAAUGAAAACAGAGCACACAAUUCGUGACGUUCAUAGUGUUGAUAUGUUGAGAAAUCGUCAUGACCAGAUACGAGCUGAAAUAGAGGCUCGAGGAGAUACUUUCGAUGAUAUUAUUAAAACUGGAAAUGACAUGAUUCAACAUAAACAUUAUGCUAGUCCAGAGAUCAAAGAGAAGAUUGAACAAGUAGGUGAUGUAAAAGAUAGGUUAUUAUCUACAUGGAUGGAACGUAAAGCUUAUUAUGAUCAACUCUGUGAUCUACAUAUCUUCUUACGUGAUGCCAAUCAACUUGAAACCAUUAGUUCCUCACAAGAGGCAUAUUUAACUAAUGCUGAUCUUGGUGCUGAUAUUUAUCAAGUGGAAUCUCUUAAACGUAAACAUGAUGCUUUUGAGAAAGUUAUCGAGGCUCAAGAUGAAAAGCUCGCAGCUUUAACUGAUCAUGGAACCCAACUUGUAAAAGAGAAUCACAUUCAAUCUGAAACAGUACAGAAAACAAUGGCUGCUGUUAAAGAUAGAAGAAGUCAAGUUAAGAAUCGUAGUGAACAACGUAAACAACAAUUAGCUGAUAAUUUACUUUAUGCUAAAUUUAACCAAGAUGCUGCUGAGGCUGAAGGUUGGAUUGAUGACAAAUUGAAAGUAGCUUACGAAGAUGAUUUCCAGAAUUCUACAGAUCUACAUGAUAAGAUGAAGAAGUUACAGAAACAUCAGGCAUUUGAGUCAGAAAUUGUUGCUAAUAAAGACAGAAUAAACAAAAUUAAACAGAAUGGUGAAUUGUUAAUUAAGAAAAAGCAUUCUGCUAGUCCAGAGAUUAAGAAAGUUGGCGAUCGCUUGGGAUCUAAAUGGGGUGAAUUGCUUAAAGCAUCAUCUAAUAGAGGUCGUGGACUUGAAGAGGCUAAGGAUAUCCUUGAAUUUAAUGAACAGGUGCAGAAAGUAGAAGCCUGGAUAAGAGACAAGGAAUUAUUAGUGAAUGCUGGUGAACUUGGUAGAGAUUAUGAACAUUGUUUAGAAUUACAAAAGAAAGCAAAUAAUAUUGAAUCAGCUGGAAUUACCGUCGAUGAAUCUCGAAUCAAAUCAAUCAAUGAUUUAGCUGAUCGUCUGAUAUCUCAGGGACGCACAGAUACAGAAACUGUCAAAAGAAAACGAGAUGAAAUGAACAAAGCAUGGAAGGCAUUACAAGGAAAUCUUACUAAAUAUAAACAACAAUUGUCUACAUCUCUAGAAAUACAUUCAUUUAAUCGUGAUAUUAAUGAUAUUAACGAGAGAAUCAAUGAGAAGGCUAUACUACUAUCAGUUGAAGAUCUGGGUAAAGAUUUAGCUGGUGUUGAAGCCUUACAACGUAAACAAGAAGAUAUAGAAAGAGAUAUGACAGCUUUACAAAAUCAACUAGAGAAAGUAGAGGUACAAGCGGGUAAAUUAUGUAACAGAUAUCGGGAUAAAACUGAUAUGAUAAACCAGAAAAAACAGGAAGUAGAUGAUAAUUGGGAGAGACUGGAAGAUCUGUCAGACCAAAGGAAAGCUAAAUUAGCAGAAUCGUAUCAACUUCAGAAGUUCUUAUCUGAUGCUAGGGAACUGUCAUCCUGGUCUAAUGAGAUGAUCGCUAGAAUGAAUGGUGGAGAACUUGCCAAAGAUGUUGCAGAAGCUGAAAACUGUCUCCAAAUGCAUCACGAAAGAAAGGCAGAAAUAAAUGGAAGAAAAUCUCACUUCUCAUCUAUUAGAGAAUGUGGCAUGAACCUCAUCAACAAUAAACAUUAUGCUAGUGAGGAAAUACAGAAAAUGAUCUCUCAACUAGACAAGACAAAGCUCUCACUUAAUGGAACUUGGGAUAAACAUAAUAAUUUACUUACACAAUGUCAUGACUUAAUGGUAUUUAAAGAAACUGCUGAACAAUGUGAUACUUGGUUAGGAACAAAAGAAGCCUUCUUAGCAAAUGAGGACUUGGGAAAUACACUUUACAGUGUGGAAGGUUUAAUCAAGAAACACGAAGGAUUUGAAAAGACAACGAAAGCCCAAGAAGAUAGAAUAGAAGAUUUAAAACAAUUUGGUGAUGAUUUAUGUGAGAAAGAACAUUAUGCCAAGGAUGAAAUUAAAAAACGAUGUCAGUCUGUUUUAUCAAGACGUGUUCACAUGUGGGAACUUUCCACCCAAAGAAGAAAGAAAUUACAAGAAUCUCAUAAUUAUCAAAUUUUCCUCCGUAAUUUAUAUGAGGUAUCUGGUUGGAUCAAUGAGAAGUUACAAGUAGCAUUAGAUGAAUCAUACCGGGAUCCAACAAAUCUCCAAGCUAAAUUACAAAAACAUCAGGCAUUUGAAGCUGAACUCGCAGCCAAUAGAAAUAGAGUUGAUGCAGUCGUGCAGGAAGGUCAAGGCUUACUGGAUGGUAAUCACUAUUCUCAAACAGAUAUUAAGAAACGAUUAGAAGAAUUAGAGAGAAGUUGGCAGGCGUUGAUAGCAGCUAGUGGAGAUAAAAAGGAUAAACUUCAAGAUGCUUACCAGGCGUUGUUAUUUAAUCGUGCAGCUGAUGACUUGAUGUCAUGGAUGGAUGAAGUUGAGAAUCAGCUGAUGUCUGAAGAUCAUGGAAAAGAUUUAUCAUCAGUUAAUAAUCUACUUAAAAAACAUCAACAAUUAGAACAAGAUAUAUCUAAUCAUCAAGAGAAAAUACAAGAUAUUCUUGAUGCUGUUCAAGUUUUUAAAGAAGCCAAACAUUUCUUGAAGAUUGAUUUACAAGCUAGAUCUAAGGAAGUCUCUGAAAGGUAUCAAUCAUUGAAUGAACCUUGUCACAUCCGACGAGAUAAUCUGGAGGAGGCUUUACGAAUGUAUCAGUUUUAUCGGGAUGUGGAUGAUGAGUUGUCAUGGAUACAAGAUAAACAACCAACCGCAAGUAAUACCGACCUUGGUAAUUCAUUGACUGGAGUUCAAAACCUAAUGAAGAAACAUCAGGCUUUGGAAUCCGAAAUCAUUGCACAUGAACCAUUGAUAGAUGCAGUAGCUAGCUCGGCACAGAUGAUGGUUCGCAGUAAACAUUUCGCAAGUCAAGAUAUACAAAAUCGUCUUGAUAAUCUUCAUAAACAGCUACAGGAACUGAAACAAACAACAUCCAGUCGUAAACUAAAACUGCAAGCUUCCUUAGAGGCACAGAAGUUCUAUACUGAAGUAGCAGAAACUGAAUCCUGGAUGAAUGAGAAAAUACCUCAGCUUACAAGUUCUGAUUUAGGUAAAGAUGAAGAUUCUGUUCAGGCUUUGAUGAAGAAACUUGAUGCAUUAGAAAGAGAUGUAGAUAAUUUUAGUAAUAGUAUUGGAGAGUUAUCUGCUCUUAGUCGUAGUUUAACAGAUAAAGGACAUUAUGAUAGUGAAAAUAUAAAACAAAAACAGGCCGAUAUUGAACAGAGAUAUAGUCAAUUACAAGAUUUAACCAAUCAAAGAAGAGUUAAGUUAAAUGAUAGCAAGAAAUUAUUUGAAUUUUAUCGUGAAGCUGAUGAGGUCAGUGAUUGGAUAGAAGAUAAAAGUGUUAUUGCUGGUUCAGAAGAUUAUGGUCAAGAUUUAGAACAUAUUGAGAUCUUGCAACAAAAGUUUGAAGAUUUUAUUCAUGACCUCAAUUCUAAAGAGGAUCGUGUAACGAAGGUGGUUACUAUGGGAAAGACAAUGAUUGACAACAACCAUUUUGAAAAGACAAAAAUCCAGAAACGAUCUGAUGAGAUUACACAGAUGUGGAAUGAACUCAAAGAAGUGGCUCAAGCUAGACAAGAGUCAUUAGUCGGAGCUAAAGAAGUCCACAUGUAUGGUAGGGAAGCAGAUGAUACUCUGGAAUGGAUACAAGAAAAAGAUCUGAUUGUUAGUAGUGAUGAUUUUGGUCAUGAUCUAGAAAGUGUUCAGUCACUUAUUAGUCGUCAUGAAGGGUUAGAGCGUGAUUUGGCUGCUAUCAGUGAACAGGUUGAAAUAAUAACAAAAGAAGCUGAGAGGUUGAUGGUGUUAUAUCCUGAUGCCCAGGAACACAUAGCUAGAAAACAUGAAGAGAUGGUCCAUGCUUGGAACACAUUGGUCGAAAAAUCAUCUCAACGUAAAGAGAAAUUACAAUCUGCCCUCCAAUUACAGAUGUACUUCAACGAUUAUAGAGAAUUAACUGCAUGGAUCAGUGAAAUGAUAGCUAUAAUAACAUCAGAUGAAUUAGCUAGAGAUUUACCAGGUGCAGAAUCCAUGAUAACCAGAUAUAAAGAACAUAAAGUAGAAGUUGACAGUAGAGCUGAGGCUUUUACCAAGUUCCAACAUACUGGAGAACUUCUCAUCAAAAAUGGUCAUUUCUUAUCAGAAGAAAUCCAGGAGAAGAUAACUCAACUUAAUGGAUCUAGGGAAGGUCUGAUCCGAACCAUGAAUCAUCGUAGAAGUUUACAUGAACAAAAUCUUGAAGCACAGAAAUUGAAAUAUUACAUGGAACAGUUAGAUGCAUGGAUGUCGUUACGUGAACCACAUCUUAGAGGAAAGAAUUACGGUGAUUCUAUACAAGGUGUAGAAGAACUUCUCAGACGCCAUGCAGAUUUUGAAAAAACAGUUGAUGCCCAAGAACCCAAAUUUCAGGCUUUGGAUAAACCUUCUGAGGUUGAGAAGGCAUUUGCUCAGCAUCGACUACAAGAACAGCAACAACAAGUUCAGGAUGAAGCUAAAAGAGAACGAGAACGUCUGGAUGACUUGAGACGUAAAGAACAGGACCGUAUUCUUGACGAACGAAAGAAAGAAGAAGAUCAACGUAAAGCUCGUGAAAUCAGUCUUCGUCGGCAGCGUGAAGGCAGUUCAGAAAAUGAAGAAGACAGGGGACAAGAUGAUGGACAAUUGGAUAGAUCUGUUGUUAAAAAUCUUAUAGUUGCUAGGUCACAAAGUAUCAAAAUGGCAGGAAGACCAGAAAACAAUAUGAGUGUUCGACAAGAUCAAUCAUUAUCACCUUUAACCAAGGCUACAGAAUUUACAUUCUCAGGAUCAGUAGACGAUGAAGAUUUGGACAUCCAGAAACCUCAUGAUGCUAGUGUUGAAGAAGAGGGUGAUGUGCCAAGUCUUCCAUCGUUACCUCCUCCACCCAAGUCAACAAAUCAGAGAGAUGACCUAAACACAAGUUCUGAAAUGAUCAACAACACUCCUUCCCCUGCAUCGCCAGGAAUUUCUAAAAAAGAAAAGCUUACUUCACCACCCCUGAGUCCAAAACAAAAACGUGUAGAUAAUUUGAAAGACGAAAAGAAAUCAAAACGAACGCCCAGCUUUAAUAUUCGGAGAAAGACUAGAAGCUUUAAAAAGGAAUAUAAAUUACCGGAAACUUUACCACCUGUUGCUAUGGAGGGUACGCUGGACAGGAAACUAGAAUUACAGAGUGGAGGUAAAAAAGCCACGAUACGUUCCUGGAAACAAUUCUACACAGUGAUGUUUGGUCAACUUCUGUGUUUCUUUAAGGAUAAAGAAGCAAUUAGUGAAAGUAAACAGGCAGCAGCACCACCAGUUAAUAUACAUCAAGCAUCAUGUGAAAUAGCUAAAGACUAUACCAAAAAGAAAAAUGUACUACGAGUUAAAACUGCGGAUGGUGCUGAAUUUUUAUUGGAGAUUCACAAUGAAGAAGAAUUAAAUGAUUGGUUAAAUAAAAUAACUUAUCAUGCAGAACAGCCUCCAAUGUUUCCAGCAUUGGAAUUAUAUCAAAAUAGCUCGGAACUGGAUGAAAGUGUUGGAGAUGCAGCAUUGGAACCUUCAGAACAGUUUACUAAAUUUGAAGGGGAAUCCGCUAGUCCACAGCGCAGUGUAAGCCCACAACGAACGACGAGUCCACAGCGAGAUGAAAAACAACAAAAUAGAAUGUCAAUAGUACCUGAAGAUGGUGUUAAAGAAUCUGAACAACAGAAAGAUGUAACAGAUGGAAAGAAAACACCAGUGACAUCACCUGGUGCUGUUAGUUCUAAAUCAGAUGAUUCUUCAUUACCAGUCACCAGUCCAUCUUCACAAUCAUAUAUAUCAGAUGGUCAGAAUGGUGAUGAUGUUCAAAUGCGAUCGAAAGGAGGUGCUUCCAUUAGACCAGUGUCAGAACCAGUCGGACAAUUUGCUGAUGAUGGUAAAUCCGAUAAAAAGAAAAGUCAUUCCGUGUUUGGAUUUUUAAAGAAAAAGAAGGAGAAAGAUUCCAAAGAUGCAUAUAAAGAUUUGAAAAAAGAUAGAGUUUAGAAUAAACAGUAGAUAUUUACAAAAGUAAUUAUUAGGUAUUAAGAAAUCGGUAUGGAUAAUGAACAUGUAUGACCUGAACUAGGUUAAUUCAGUAGCAAUAGAAAUUAUUUUCAUACAGAUUCAGAGGUCAUAUAUACAGUAAAUAUGAGUAGGACAAUCUAGAAGAUAAAUAUUUUGGUUAACUGGUUUCGAUUGCUAUGGUGUAUGUCCAUCAUUCAACAAUAAUAAUACCAAACACACACUUAAUAGACACAUAUCAUGUGAUAGUGAAUCGAAUUUUGACUUUCGCUAAAAGGUCAUACACCGCAUUUAUGUCACUGUACAAAAUAUUAGCAUAAUUUUUUUUCAUCACUUUAUAUAUUACGUUGUAUAAUGUAGCUCAAGAUAAAAUUGUAGAUUUCUGAUAUAGUAUAUUAUUUACAUACUUUUAUUUUUGUAGUUUUGUUAUAAAUUUGUCCAUUAUAAGCUUUUGUUGUCAGAUAUAUAUGUCUCUAAUUGUAAAUUAAGCAAUACGAUUAAUAUGGCACUUGAUCACUUGUUUUUGUAUACAAUUCUAUAUUGAUCACAGGAAUAUAGUUAGUAUAUAAAUAGUUAGGGUUACCAUACCCCCUUUGAUAGCUUAUCUAAAUCACUCUUUCAAAGACUUGAUUAUUAAGUUUGGCUUUUGAAGGGCGUUUCAAAUCUAUGAUGAACAAAAUGGUUGUGUUUAGUGCUUUCACUGUUAUAGGUGUAAUUGUUAUAACUAGUAGUUAUAUUAUUAUGUGUAGAAACUUGACAUUUAUUUCACUUAAAAGCUAUUCCAUAAUUAAAUGUAUCCCGAACAUGAAUUGUCCAGCACAGUAGAAAAAUGUAUUUCAUAUGAACACUGGGCAUCACAAAAGUGCACUUAUUCAGUUCAUGCCAUCCUUUAUAUUUUUUCUAUCUAGAGUCGGUUGUUGAAAACUCGGUUAUUUUAACGAAUUUCCGACAGGCCCCCAAUGAUAGGCCCCACUUCCCUCCAACUCUAAAAUAUUUUAUAGAAUUCUAAAGAAAACUAAACUGGUAUUCUAUUGUACUUUUUGCUAAGGGUAUACUUUGACUGACAGCUGACGUAUGCCAUUGUUAAACAAAUAAGGGAGCCUAACAUCUUCUUUAAAUAUAACAAAUUUGUCAAUUAGAUUUGUUUUUUUCUAGCCGUUAUUAAGAAAUAGUUUUUGAUACAAUUUACAAAUUUGUACACCGUCCACACAUAGCAUAUACAUUCCUUGACAAAUUGUAGAACAGAUUUUUAAUUGUGAACAAGUAUUUUACUGUUAUAAUCUUUGAAGAUUUUACGGACAAGUUCAUCAAGUGAGUUACAAUAGAUGAUACAUCAUGGUUUAUAUUAAGGAUAAGAAUAAAUGUAAAAUUCAAUAGUUGUAACACAAAAAUAAUAUCAGUGAUAUUUUUACUAUUAUUGUAUAGUAUGGAAGUUGGUGCUGCAUUUGUAUUCAUUAAUUUUAAGAAAAUAUUUAAUUAGAUUUGAACAAAUUAAUAUUUGUUAAAUUUCAUAGUUUGUUACAGAAUUUAUCUAAUUAGAGAAAAGCUAUUAAACAGUGCUAAAGAACA